UAAAAUAAUCAUUAAAACUACUUUUAAGGUUUCAUCUCGUGUUUAUUACUUGCGUUUUAUUAUUUCUGACGAUUCGAAUCUGUAGAAUCGACGGCUGUAGAAAAAAAGGGAGGCAGCCAAAACGUUGAGAAGAUGAAAUAUAGAGUAUAGCUAGGGUAAACCAUACUAUUGUUGGCACCCCCCAGUGAUUGGCACUCUGAUUUAAGAAUUCAGAUACUAAGAGACAAUUCCUGUUUAUUUACUGUUGCAAUACUUUAUUUGGCAGAAUAUCUAAUAAUCUCUAGUGGCAACACUGUUGUCAGCCAUCUUUCUUUCAGAGCUGUUUGUGAGAUUUUAUGGAAAUCAAGUCGUCGUGAUCGUGUUGUUUUUUUAUAAAAAAGUUAAGUACUGGUGGAUAGAAGUGCACGUGAAAAUUUGAUUUUUGGGUACCAGGUACCUACCCGGCUUUAAGAUGCCGAAGGUUACGGAUGGAAAAAAAUAUACAAAAGCAUAUACAGAAGAAGAUAUAGAAAAAGCUUUGCAAGCCAUAAAAAAUGGAAUGGGUAAGAAAACUGCUGCAAAUAAAUUUAAUAUCCCAAGAGCAACUUUGCAGUUCCGCCUAUCCAACCAAUUUGUCAAAAGUCGACCUGGUCCAGAUACAGUUUUAUCUAGUGCAGAAGAACAAGAGAUAGUUAAAUGGAUAAUUGCAGCUUGUAGAAAAGGAUUUCCACGGCGUAAAGAGGAUGUCAUAAAGAGCGUCAAACUGUAUUUGGAUGAACAUCCCAGACCAAACAGUUUUAUAGAUAAUACACCAGGCGAGGGAUGGUAUAAAUUAUUUUUGAAGAGGCAUCCUGAGCUUUCUAUACGAACAUCAGAGGCUGUAACUUCAGCAAGCUCAAAGUUGUCAGAGAAGCAAAUUAGAAACUGGUUUACACAAGUAGAAGAAUAUCUGAAAGAAAAUGAUCUCUUUCAUAUUUUGAGUGAUCCAUCUAGAGUUUACAAUGGGGAUGAAACGAAUUUUAUUUUAUGCCCAAAGAACACCAAAGUUAUCGCUUUAAAGGGAACCAAACAUGUGUAUGAGGUAGAUCACGCUCAGGCUAAAUCAUGUGUUACUGUAAUGUUCACAUUUUCGGCGGAUGGUGUAACAACACCACCUAUGAUUAUUUACCCUUUAAAGAGAAUGCGACCUGAGAUUCAAAAGUCUGUGCCUAGCGAGUGGGGUAUUGGCUUGUCAGAUAAUGGAUGGAUGAAGGCGGAGCUUUUCAUCCAGUACAUACAGAAUGUUCUGCAUCCAGCGCUAAUGAAGAUGAAUAUCACUUUUCCAGUAAUUCUUUUUUUAGAUGGACAUAAAAGCCACACAACACUUCAGCUUACUCAACUUUGUCAAAAUCUUGGUAUAAUACUUAUAGCUCUAUACCCUAACGCGACACGGAUUUUGCAACCAGCAGACGUAGCGGCAUUUCGUCCAAUAAAAGUAAUGUGGCGUAAAGCAGUCCUAGAAUGGCGAACAGAUAACUUAACAAAAUCUUUACUAAAAACAGAUGUUGCUCCUAUACUGGAGAAGCUUUUACCCAAAUUAAAUAAAACGACUUUGAAGAACGGCUUUGAAGCUUGUGGUUUAUGCCCAUUUAAUUCAGAUCAAGUGGACUACACAAAAUGUUUAAUGCCCUAUAAACCAGUCCAAGAAAUUUUGGAUGACAACUGUUCUACAAGUCUUAACUAUCAGAAAUUCGAAGAAAUAGUUGGACCACAGUUAAUCAGAAAGAUGAAAAAUCAGGUGGUAGGUAAAUCAAGAGAAGCUAAAAAGCUUCACGAUUUGUAUAAAUAUCUCGUACCAAAAAUGUCAACACAUGAGUCAUCGUCACAAAUCAUAGAAACAACUUCUAAGGAACUAAUGCAAUACAAGGACAGGAGCAAUUUAAAUGAACAAAACAACGAUGGUUCAGAAGAUUUCACCACAAUGGCAGCCCUCAAUGAAUUAACGACAAUGCCAACAGACGUAGAACUUUUGCUAAAUGAACCAGAACUGUCAACGCAUGAACCUCAAUCCAAAGACACUGGCACUUCUAAAACAAACACGAUGAUUGAUGAUUAUUCAGGAACCUCAGGACACCUAAAACCUCUGAACGUUGAACUUCAGCAUCAGGGGGUUGAGGAAUUAUCUUUGGCAUCCUGUAUAAAUCUUACAUCGACAAACGAUCCAAUACCAGAAGCUGUACAAAUGGUUGAGGUUAUUUCUGAGUGUGAAAAAGAAAACCAAACACCAAUAUACGUAAUACCUAUUCCAUCCACUAGUCGUCAAAGUUUAGAGCUGAUUGGAGAAAAAUGGGUACUAGUGGAUGACAUGCCAACCGAAGUCCCUUCAAAGAGUCCAAUAAAGAAACAAAAUAUAAAAGAUUUUUUAAAGUUACCAAAGACUCCAAUUAAAACACAAAAAGCUGGUAUAGAACGUCGCUCUUUUGUUUUAACGAGUAAAGAUUGGGAAGCUGUAGAACUAGAAAAACAACAAAAAAAGAUGAAAGAGAUACAAGAAAAGGAGAACAAACGAAUAGCAAGACUAGAAAAAGCCAAAGAGAAACGCUUACUCAAGGAAACAAAACAAGCUGAAACUAUAAAUAAAAAGAACAAAGCUAAAAAUUUAAAUUUAAUUAAGAAAAGUAAGCCAAAUUCUGAUAGUAUCAAAUCAAAAAUUGUUAUUCAAUCAAAUGUUUUAAUUAAGCCUGCAAAUAGAAUCUCAAGUGAUAUUAAAGAAAAAAGAGAAUAUACAAAAGAAAUUAAAAAAGGACCUAUGAACGAAGUUAAACCUGCAGAUAUUACUGCCCUGAAGGAAAUAAAAAACAGGCCAAUUUUAGAUGCAGUUGAAGCUGCAAAUGAAAGACUCUUUAAAGAAUCGGAACAAGUACAGAUGGUAAAAAAAGAAUUAAAGAAAGGACCAACUUUAGAUGAACUUAAACCUCCGAACAUAACUUUCCGAGAUUCAAGGGAAACCGGAAAAGAUAAGAAGAUAAAAAUUAAAGUAAAUAGAUUGAGACCAAUGACAGAUGAAGAAUUGUUAAAAAUGUUGGAAGAUGAUUAGGCGAGAUUAUUAAUGGACCUAGGCACGUAGGUGUGUGCCUACAUUGGUAGAUAUAACUGCCAAGUGCCAAUCGUUAUACCAAAUUCACUGUGCCAUUAAUUAUACUUCAGUGCCAAUGAUUGUGCAAUAACAUAGAAUUAAAUUUUAUGUUACUUUUUAAGCAAUAAAGCAAUUUUUUUUAAGUACUAAUGUGUAUCAUUAUAAGCUAUGCUUAUAUACAUUUUAUUUGAUAAACAUUAGAUAUAUAAAAAUAUUAUUAUAACAAAGAAUUUACCACUUAUAUGUUGAAGGUCAUCUUAGAGUGCCAAUCACUGUACUGUUUACCCUAUAUAUAGAGUAUAAUAUACAUUGAAGACGAAUGACCAAAAAUAGAGAAUACUAGCUGACCCGGCAGACUUCGUAGUGCCUCGCUCGACAAAUAAAAUACCUAAACUUUUGUAUAAAAUAAACUUAAAAUAAACAAAAGGAAUUGGUCCGACGGGGGACACGUCAAAGGAAAAACAAAAUAUUACGGUUUUACAUAACAAUAAAACCGAUAUUAUGUGCCGAGAAGGAAAACAUACAGCAUUGUAUUAUGAAGAAGAAGCAGUGUGUACUUAGCUUAGAUUCCUUGUCUAUGUCCAACCAUAGACAGUCAAUUUAGUUCCAUCCUUAGCCGCUAGGUGCUGCCAGCAAGUAUAAAGGGAGCGCAGCCAUCUUUGAUCUUCAUAGUCUUCACCAGGAAGAACUUCCUGCAAUGCUGUAUGUUUUCCUUCUCGGCACAUAAUAUCGGUUUUAUUGUUAUGUAAAACCGUAAUAUUGAUGUGCCUUUGGAAAACAUACAGCAUUGUAUUAUGAAGACGUGUUUGUUAUCUGCUGGUGAAAUUAUUAAGCACAACGCUAUGAUGAAAUAGGUAAAGCCAUAAUAAAAUUAUGAAGCGCAAUGAUAAUGUUCAUAAUUUAUAUAAUUAUUAAAUCGAAAAAACAGUUGUUAACUUCCAUGUUAAUUCAAUAAUUAAAAAAUAUUUAUAAGUUUGUAAUAAACAUUUUAUCUUGUAUAUACAAGAAAAUGUAUAAAUUGUAUAAAUGAUGUAUAUACAUCAUGUAGAAGUAAAUGUGUUGAAAAAAAGAAUCGUGAGGAUCUUUACGAAGCUCUAUUAUUCGGCAAUAAUUAUUGUAAACGUUUGGAUGAUUUGCAAUUGCCUCUAGAAAUAUUUCGUCCAUUGGUUCAUUAUCAAUCCAUCUCAGAGGCUACUGCUGAUCUACAACUUCUUAGAGAUGCGUUGAUGCCAUUACCUCGUAAGGUUGAACGAAGACCAGUUUCCAAUUACAGUACGGGAUGCCGCUUUUGUGACAACACACAUAGUUACAAAAAAGUCCUUACGAAUCUUACCGGGCAUGUCUUUAGUUUCAUGUUUAGAAAGCACUUAUGCAGAUUAUUGACGAAAAUGGAUUUCAAUUUUAGACCCAAAGACUGGUAUCAGAAAGAUGUUUUUCUCUGUUAUCAAAGAAACUGUCUUUAGAAAUGUUGAGCAAAGUAAGGUCAUUAACUCUGCGUCCCGUAGCCAGCAACAUGGUUGUUGGUGUCCUUCAAGCUACAUUGAGGCGUGAUGUGGUGGCUGGGUUUGAAGAAAACCAGUUUAGAACUAUUCUCGGAUCUCAUGUGAAUGGGACUACACUUAGUAAAAUUGUAAUAAGUAGUUGAAUUUUGUUUAGCUAUUCCGAUGGCUUUUUUAAAAUAGCAAUUUUUAUUAGAGAGCUUGAGAAUGUUUGCUGUCCUACAUGUAUUUCGCCCACAGAAAGUCGACAGCGCUGCUUUAUGAUGCAGAAGGAUUGUUUUAUAGGCAAAAUUUUCUUUUUGGAAAAGAAGAAAGAAUUUGGCAACAUCUGCAGACUUAGGAUCAAUUUUAAAACUGUAGCACCAUAUGCACCAUCUUCUAGUUGCUGGUAAGUAUGCUGACAAAGUGGAUUGACACCAGCUAAUUUUCAAUAAUUCUUCUCCUGUUUAGACCAGUCUAUUAUUUGUACAACCUCCCCCCCCCCCUUUCUAAGCUUUCAGGGUUAAUGUUUAACCUGUGGAGGAGGCAGGUUUUGGAUUUCGUGCGAGUUAUCUAGCGUUCGGGAUCUGAGGGCUUGGAAACCCAAAUGCUUUCGCUCAGUCUGGGAACACUACCAGGUAGGUUCCCUAGACACUGUUGAAGUGAGUCAGUACUUUGGGGAGAAGGUUGAGAGGAGGAAUUCUCCAUGCUAGUUGCAUCCUCUACGGUCUGCUGAAGGUAUCCAAUCUUGGUCGGCGAAUGGGUUUAUAUCCGGAUGACCCCACUUUCGAAAAACUUUUGUGGUCACUUGUGGUAAAAAGUGCCAUUUCGCAGGUUGAUUUCCUCGUGAUAGCCUGUCGGCUAUGAUGUUGUAUCUCCCCGAGAGAUAAGCUGACAGUUAUCUUGAACUUAUCGCUUAGGUUUAAAAAUCGAAAGGUCAACGUUAGUGAAAUACUUUCAGAUUCAUUUUGAUUGUCACUACCAUUACAAAUAGCUCUUUUGUGGGUGAGCCGUUUCUGUUGUUGAGCUGACCAUAGACAGGACGUUAAUAUUUUGUCUAAUUGUAACCCCUACCCAUGUCCGAAGCUUCCGUUGCCAGGAAAUGGUUGGUUUUGGGUCUCGGCAAUGUUUGACAUGUGGCUCCGCGUCAGCACUGCAUUUGUAACCCCUACACAUGUCCGAAGCUUCCGUUGCCAGGAAAUGGUUGGUUUUGUGUAUCGGCAAUGUCUAACAUGUGGCUCCGCGUCAGCACUGCAUUUAAUUGUUAACACAUGCAGGAUGGCCUGUUUUUUACCCCUUUUCUUGAAACUUCGCAAGAAAAUUUGCAAGUUAGCAUAGAUUGAUGUAAUUCCGUCAGAGUUUGAGCUAGGAUGUUGUUGAGUGGCCACUUCAUUUCUCGCAAUUUUCCAUCGAAUCCCUAGACAUGUCAUCUCUUGAACCAGUGUACUAAAUGAUUUUUUGUAAGGCUGACUUGGCAGCCCAAAUAAUCCAAGAGCUUUACAGCUUAUGUGGCCUGGAGACUCAACUUGGACUUCUUUUGAUGGACCUGGUGGGAUUUGCGUAGGUGGGAUAACACUCAACAUCCCUUUGCACGCAAUGUUUCCGCGACCGAGCAUGCUAUGCAAGCAAAAAAGGUGUAUUUGUCUUCAUGGACCAAGAAAAAGUCGCGUAGGUAGGUUAACAUUUGACUUCCCUAUGUACGUAAGGUCUUCGCGACCGAGCAUGCUAUGGGAGCAAAAACGUUUAUUUGUCUUGGUGAAACAAGAUCAUGUCGUGUAAGUAAGCUAGCACUUCGAUUUUGCACGCAAUGCCUCUGCGACCGAGCAUGCUGUGGAAGCAAAAAGGUGUAUUUGUCUUCAAGGACCAAGAGAAAGUCGCGUAGGUACGUUAACAUUUGACUUCCCUAUGUACGCAAGGUCUCCGCGACCGAGCAUGCUAUGGGAACAAAAACGUUUAUUUGUCUUGGUGAAACAAGAUUAAGUCGUGUAGGUAAGCUAGCACUCGACUUUGCACGCAAUAUCUCCGCGACCGAGCGACCGAGCGACCGAGCACCCUAUAUAAUGGAAAUUGACAUGCCAGCCCAGAUAAUCCAAAACCUUCACAGCUUCUGCAGCCUGAAGUUUCAACUUGGAUUUGUUUUGGUCGACCAAAAGGAAGUCGUCUAGGUAGACUAGCACUCGAGUUCCUUUUGCACGCAAGGUCUCUGCGACCCAGCAUGUUAUGGAAGCAAAAAAGGUUAAUCCAAAAGCUUCACAGCUUCUGCAGCCUGAAGUUUCAACUUGGAUUUGUCUUGGUUGACCAAAAAGGAAGUCGUCUAGUAGACACUAGCACUCGAGUUCCCUUUGCACGCAAGGUCUCUGCGACCCGCAUGUUAUAGAAGCAAAAAGGUGUGGCUCUGAAGCCAGAUCGAAGGGUAGGCAUGUCAUUUCAUACUAACUCAUAAGAAGGUACCGAUUCCUUCCUGGAGGUACUGAUACUGGUACCUUGGUACUGAUCCUCAAGAAGUAUCGACGAAAUUUUGCGACUGAUACUAGAAAAAUAUUCCUGAGAAAUGUUCAAUUCUAUCAUCCAGUCCCCUGGGUGGAGAAAGUUUGGUACCUAGGUGUCCGAAAAACAGUUGGACGCAUUGAUCCGUCGCUUUUCUUCCGCAGAAUUUUUUUUUUUUUUUUUUUUUUUUACGGUAUUUGGUAACCAUACAUGGUUUACAAAUUAUUACAAUUUUGGUGGCACUCAGUGCCUCCCGUCGGUGUCUUCAAUUGCCCCCCUCUGGAUUGUGCCAGAUGUUACGGACUAUGAUUGUUUAUAAUGUUUGGCUUACCUUUUGUACGAGAUCGUGACAAAUAGGAUUGUAGCCCUCCGAGGGACUGAAUAGAUUUCAAUUUACUAUUAUCAAACAAAAAUUCCUCAAUGAGUGGUGCGUUGGCAACAGGAUACUUUGUUAGAGACCACGGAAAUUAAACUUUGACGUCUUAUUUCUAUACAUACGGCCCUUUUUUCCGUAUACAAUUUAAAACGCUUUUUACGGGUAACUUGUACGACGGAGACGAUUUGUCAAAGUUUUCAGUAAUUAUGUUACAAAGAUUAUUAGUUUAAAUCUGUUGUGUUUUUGUCAAAAUUUCCGUAUUGACGAGAUCAAUUUGUUUACAACAAUUUUCGUUACAUUCAAUUGUUACACACAGUUGAUGCAUUAUUAGAUUUACAACGUCACUGACCUGGUGGGAUAACGAGCCGAUUCGAAGAUCGACCGUUACCUUUGAAUCCCGUCGUUUCUUACGCAGAGACUCCUUUUGUUCUUUUUCGCUUGACGAGCUGUUCGAACGCGAGGCGUCUCCAUCGCGUCUCGCCUGGACAUUUUCCCUCUCGGAAAUUAUGGAGCUUGACUCAACAUCACCUCCAACAGAUGACGCGUGAUUCAUGGCGUCCGAUGAUAGGAUUGGUAAAUAAUACUCGUAAUGAUUGCAAAAUAACACUCAUAGAAACACAAAAUAAAUAUUUUUUGCAAUUAAUAAGAAGUCGAAUAAAUAUUUGUGGACUUGCGACUUCACAGUACGAAAGUACACAACGCUAUAUGAAGAUCAAAGAUGGCUGCGCUCCCUUUAUACUUGCUGGCAGCACCUAGCGGCUAAGGAUGGAACUAAAUUGACUGUCUAUGGUUGGACAUAGACAAGGAAUCUAAGCUAAGUACACACUGCUUCUUCUUCAUAAUACAAUGCUGUAUGUUUUCCAAAGGCACAUCAAUUGUUAUUUUUAUUUAAUUCCAAGCAUUUUUAUAUGUAUCUACCUUUUAAACCUUCUCUGGACUUUCACAAAUAAUUAAAGACCAAAGUUAGCCAAAUCGGUUCAGCCGUUCUCGAGUUUUAGCGAGACUAACGAACAGCAAUUCAUUUUUAUAUAUCGUCGGCUUAUUGCAAGAACUCAUUAACUGCAAAAAAUCACUAAAUGCGUUUUUAUCUAUAAUGGGCUCAUUUUUGCAUAUUCUACAAAAUGCAAAAACACGCUAAUUUCUAGCUGGCCAAUUUUAGCCGUUACGUCUUUGGUAGAAAAUUGAUAAUUGCAACUUUGGAAGUCAGGCAUUUACAAAGAUUCACUAAGCAGCACUAGUUAUUUUUAUUAAAUGGAUAAUUAUUUGAAAACAGCAUACAUUACAUUACAGAACUCAUUUUCAGCAUCUAAUUAAUUUUAUCAAAACAAUGUAGUAUUAUAUAACUUAAAAUUGUAUUUCGAUAAAAUUCAUUAUUUACAUUUAGUUAGUUUCUGUAAUGAAUCAUUUCAUCAGAAAUGCACAAUAAGUAAUCUUAAUGAUUUUUAUCGAUAUUAAUAUAAUAUAAAUCAUAAUAUUAAGAUUUCCAUAAAAUCAUUUAUUAUUUUCCAUUAUUUUUUCCAUUUUGUUGAUGGCAUGAUUUUAAUAAGUUAACAUCGAUUAAAAGAACAUAGUAACUUCUUGCAGGCUAAGUGGUACCUCGGUUGUAGUUUAGUGAGUUAUAUAGGGUUUGGUGAAAUGCGACAAAACAGCUUGUCUAGGGAACACGGGGCAUAAGACGAACCCGACGAACGCGGGUGAGGGUGGGUUUACGCGGGACGAAAGAGUACUGCCUCGCUCGCUCAGUUUGGGGCGCGAUACGUUGAUUACCACACCUGUUAUAGAAGUUAAUGAUUACUGACAAAAUGCAACGAAAUAAAUGUUUCAAACAAGGACGAGGAAGCAAGAUGUAGGAGCAAUUGAAGUUCUGAACAACCUUCGGACAACCUAUUACUGGUGGUAGGACCUCUUGUGAGUCCGCACGGGUAGGUACCACCGCCCCGCCUAUUUCUGCCGUGAAGCAGUAAUGCGUUUCGGUUUGAAGGGUGGGACAGCCGUUGUGACUAUACUGAGACCUUAGAACUUGUAUCUCAAGGUGUGUGGCGCAUUUACGUUGUAGAUGUCUAUGGGCUCCAGUAACCACUUAACACCAGGUGGGCAGCAAGGCCAUCCACACAUCUAAGCAAUAAAUAAAAAACCUAGCAAGCAAACACCUGACCUACAAUAGCAUCAUUCUUUCCACGAGUGUAGAAGACGUUAAAUGAUACACUGGAGAACGGGCAACAUCGUUAUCUGAGAAUCAUACCAGUGGACUACGAUUGCCAACUUGUAUUUACUGAUAGGAUGGUUGGUAUGGCGUAUGGAAAGCCCGUACAAGUUGGUACCACCAUCGAAGCGAAGCAGCAUACGGAACAAUUUAGAUUUAGAUUUCGGGUCUCAAUAUGGGUGGUGGCAUUCACGUUGAGAUCUCUAUGAGCUACAGUCAUCACUGUAACACCAGACAGGCUUUUUUAUAUUUUUUUAGGAUUGAAGGAUUACUGGUGGCCCGGUGGCCUUUCCAGAUUCACCAGGACAUGUGGGCUAUCAAAGGCCCAGCCAAGAGGGGUGGGAUUUGCUAACAGCUGUCCGUGCGCCUCCGAAAAAGACCUAACAACUCAAGAACAGCUGCUUUGCGAAUGAAUCUACUACCGGAUCGGAAUCUCCACCCGCUGAGAAGACCCGGCGAGAAACUCAGCGAGCUGAUGCAAAAACGUAAUCAGUUUCUGUUAUGCUUAAUGCUAUACUUAGUUCAAGUUACCCACCUUGAGGUGAUUGAACAUAAGUAUUUAGAAUUGGGCCAUACACAUAAUAUGGAGGUCGAUAAUAUGCAUAGUUCUAUCGAGAAUCAAAUGCGUCUUAUGCCAAUUUUUUCUAUGAUAGACCUCUGUAAUGUUUUAAGAUUGACUAGAUCGAACAGAAAGCUAAACAAGAAAAAAACAGCAAAGAAGCCGUAUGAACCUAUGAGCCACUCUGAUAUCUUGAACCUAAAAGAGUUGAGAAACAAAUUAAUGUAUAAUAAGUCAAACCGGCCUAACAUUGUUCAAUAUAGGUAUGACUACGUUUCCAAUUUUAAGGACCUAGCCUGCAGAGCUACACCAUUGGUAUAAUAAUUUAUAAUAUACCUGAUAAAGAAGGUCCAAAUUAUCUUAAUGAAGAAGAAACCUCUGAUACAGUUUUUUUAACCUAGCUCUUUUUUUAUUUGUUUUAUGUUUUUGUAUGGUGUUUAAGCUCAGUUCCUAAUUUUCAUUAAAAAAUACAUGAUUGAAUGAAUACAUGAGUGAUUGACUAACAGGGAGAAGAAAAUAAUUUUUAGUUUAUUAUUGAAGUCAUCCUGGCCUAAAAUAAGACGUCCGAUGCAUUCGUAUCUAGCGAUGCAUCGGUGUUCGAAUCCAGCAGGCGGGUACCAAUUUUUCUGAUGAAAUACGUUCUUAACAAAAUAUGUUUACGAUCUACUUCCACGGUGAAGGAAUAAUAUCGUGUAAUAAAAAUCAAACUCGCAUAAUUAUAAUUUGCGUAAUUACUGGUGGUAACACCUCUAGUGAGUCCGUACGGGUGGGUACCACAACCCCGCCUAUUUCGGUCGAGAAGCAGUAAUACGUUUCGGCUUCAAGGGUGGGGCAGCCGUUGUGACCAUACUGAUACCUUAGAACUUAUAUCUCAAGGUGGGUGGCGCAUUUACGUUGUAGAUGUCUAUGGGCUCCAGUGACCACUUAACACCAGGUGGGCUGUGAACUCGUACACCCAUCUGAGCAAUAAAAUAAAAAUAAUAUUAUGUAAAACUUUUGAGACUGCGAAGUUGUAGUGAGUACUUGGCAAUAUUAGCUAUUGCAAGUUCUUACGUCAACUGUUAUGAAAAAAAUGUUUUUGAUUAUUUUGUUAUUAUUCGUUUUUGUUUAUUUCAAUAAGGUUUGAUAAGUAUUUUGUUGUUUUAUUUUAAUUUAAGAAAUAAUUAAUUCACAUAUAAAACCGACUUACAGUAGCUAGAAGUCAUUAACUUUUAGUUUUAGUUUAUAAAUAAUAUAUAAUGUUAUAUAACUACCGAC